AUGGGGGAAGAGUUGCAGGAACUUCAGGCGCAGGUCGCUUCGCUGAAGGCGCGCAUGGACCAUAUGGCCUCGAAGCUGUCCUUGCUGCACUUCACCUCUGACUUCUGUGAUAAGUUGGAGAGUGAGUCUCAGCUUCAGCUGAUGCGGCUGAAGCUGAGCACCAGCAGCGCAGAGCCCACGCUGGCCACGGCGCAAGUGCUGAACGGCCUGGCAGAGAUGGUGAUGCGACUGCAGAACGAGUUCCGACCUAGAGAGGACAGACCAAACAGCUCUGCAAGGACCUAUGAUAGGUCCCACUGGCCUCCCAGCCCCGAUUCGCCGAGCGAGUACGUGCCUAAUCAGGACCACCUGCAGAGCACCUUGGAGUUCGGGGGUAUGGCUUUGGGCGCUGGCACCUGGGCCAACGCCUACCGCCGCUCCACAGGGCAAAGGAGAGAGGCCUUGCGCCUCUUGUGCACCCUGGGCAUCAUCACGGAGAAGGAGCUGUCUGAUGAUCUGACCGUCAUCAGCUCCGAUCAUGUCGAGGAGUGCGUGGAGAUCGCCUUGGAGAUGUUGCAGCGCUGGCCUGCCAGGGAUGGGCUCCCUCCGGUCUUCGAGGCCAAGGAGUUCUUCAAGUCGCGCCUGGAAGCGAUGUUCAAUGAGAAAGCGCUGUCGCCUAUGUGA